GGGUUUCAAAGUGUCAGUUGAGCAUCAGCUUAGAACUCUCUCAAGCGGUGAAACUGUUUGUGCUGAAGUGUACGAAACUAUCAAGGAGGCGGCACAGUUCAUGUACCAGCAGUAUUUGUCGCAAGAGGCUAUCACGCGUGUACCUUUGGAAGACGGAAUCAUUGCCAAGUUCCUUUCGCGAGUGAGAAACGAUGAGCCGUGCGACUUUUGGUUCGAGCAGAUUCAAGAAAAGGUUUUCAAAAACUUCAAGCCUAUCGAAGUUGUUGACAUAUUGCGUACCGACGAGCACUUUUAUCCUGGAUUCAAAAAGAGCUCCUUGUAUGAGAAGAUGCUUGCCGAACUGGGUAUCACGGGCGAUGAUGAGCGACCAGAAACACCAGCCUCGGAUGGAUCUGUAUACUCUGCUUCUGGUACAUCAGAUCAGGAUCGAGCACCUAGUGUCAGUAAGAUUGUCGAGGAAGGAAUGGUUAAUGAUGGCAAGCCAGUCAUGUCCGCGGUUGUUGAAACACUCGGAAUUGGUCAACAGGGCAGACAAUCCUUUGCAUUAUACAAUGUACGCGUGAGCAGAUCAGUGAACGGCAAGAAAGUCAGUGGCUGGAAUGUGCUGCGACGCUAUAGCGAUUUCCAUACGCUGCACACGUUUAUCAUACAGAAGUAUCCUAAACUUGUCAAUUUGUCUUUCCCGGGGAAAAAGACCUUCAAUAAUCUGGAUGCGCAUUUUCUUGAGAAAAGGACGAAGGCUCUUAAUCUGUUUAUGGACUGUGUUCUUCAACCCUCUAUGUUUGAUAGUUAUCCUGAACUAGAAAGCAUGAUGUUCGAUUUUCUUAGCCAAAAGGAGUACCUAGGAAACCGGGAACCGAUAGCAAAAAAGGUGAUGUCUGCUAUGUUUGACCCUAUCAAAGUGGGCGUCAAAGCUGUAGGAAAUACUGUGAUGGCUGUUCCUGAUCAGUUUUAUGGCGGUGUAUCUAAAGAAUCGACAUCUGACAAUAUACCCCUUCGAGUGUUAAUCUUAUUCGUUGACGAGGUUUUCGGUGUCCGCGCCAGAAAUGCAUGGUUCAGGCGACAGCUGGUUACGGUGCUUCGUCAGUUUGUCACUCCUUUUGGUACCUCCAUCAACAAACGGAUCGUCGAUUUAGUGCACUGGCUGACAAGUGAGCAGCAGGUCACGCUGUAUCUUACAGCUUUGAGGUACGUGUUAACGCCGCUUUUGGACUUCUUCGUUUGA